UCAACCUAUAGAAAACUGAUUUGAAAGCGUUUGAGUGACUGUUUCCGGUGAUCAGUUUUAACUCAUUUUCACAUUAAUUUACAAACAUGUGGAGUGAUCAAUACGUUGAAGACGCCAUUGGACAGGCUGAGUUUGCCACUCCAUAUGCAUAUGGUGCAUCAUCUGCAUACAACUAUGAGAAACACACUGGUGAUCCACGUCAGGACAUGGAGUACGAGAGACAAUAUCAGUCAACACAAUCCACAUUCAUUGUUCCUGAUGUCAUCAAAAACUUUCUUACCUACUUCAGGAAAUGUGUGAAAGAUCAGAAUGUCUACGGAAUUCAGGAUGCCUAUGAAAAUGGGUUCACGCACAAUAUUAACGAAAGUUCUUCUAUAACCAACUCCCUUCGGUCCAGAGCAGAAGUCUUUGCCUUCCUCAUUCGCUCCAGACAACUGAUGAUAUUUAUUCUAGAUGCAGAUGAGCCUGUAGGUUUGCAGUUACCUAACCAGUGGUUAUGGGACAUUAUUGAUGAAUUUAUCUACCAGUUCCAGUCAUUUAGUAUCUACAGAUGUAAGAUUGGCAAAAAACUGCCUGAUGAGAUUGAAGUUCUCAGGAAUAACCCUAAGAUCUGGAAUGUACACAGUGUUUUGAAUGUGCUUCAUUCACUGGUAGAGAAGUCGAACAUCAACAGACAGCUUGAAGUGUAUGCCAGUGGUGGAGAUCCUGACAGUGUAUCUGGUGAGUUUGGUCAACAAUCACUCUACAAAAUGUUGGGAUACUUCAGUCUUAUAGGUCUACUCAGACUUCAUUCUCUACUGGGAGACUACUACCAAGCCCUGAAAGUGCUAGAGAAUAUUGACUUCAACAAAAAGAACAUGUACUCUCGUGUACCAGCGUGUCAGAUAACAACAUUUUACUAUGUUGGAUUUGCCUACAUGAUGAUGAGAAGGUAUCAGGAUGCUAUACGAACAUUCUCCAACAUCUUACUGUAUAUACAGAGGACAAAACAAAUGUUCCAGACCCGUGUACAGAUGUAUGAUCAGAUCACAAAGAUGAAUGACAAGAUGUACACAUUACUGGCGAUCUGUCUUGUUCUUCAUCCAAUCAGAAUUGAUGAAAGUGUUCACUCACAGUUAAGAGAAAAGUUUGCAGAUAAAAUGCUGCGUAUGUCUAAGGCUGACCUGCAGGAAUUUGAACAGAAUUUUUCAUUUGCAUGCCCCAAGUUCUUGUCUCCAGUUCCUCCCAACUAUGAUACUGUAGCGAUGUUGAACUUUCAUAAGACUUUACAUUUCAAUUGUACAUCAAUCUUAUAUAAGGAUAUUAUUUUCAGUUACCUAAAGCUGUACACAACACUUCCCAUACAGAAGUUGGCAAUAUUUAUGGAUAUGAGUGAAGAAGAAUUGAAGACUCAUUUAAUGUGUUUUAAGCAUAAGAUGAAGAAUGUUGUCUGGACAAAGGGCACUAGUGGUUUAGAAGGAGAAUUUCAGUCUGCUUCUGAAGUAGAUUUUUACAUUGACAGAUUUUGGUUUCACAUAGCUGAUACAAAGGUUGCCAGGAGAUAUGGUGAUUUCUUCAUCAGACAAAUUCAUAAAUUUGAAGAGAUAACAAGAAGUUUGAAGAACAUUCAGGCAUAAUUAUAAAAUCAUAGUGCUGUGUCAGUAUAAAAGUGUUUAAGUCAUCAAUAAUUGUGAAACUUUAAAUAAAAACAUUGAAAUAAUUCUGCACAAAGGCAUUUUACAGUACUGUCAUGGACUGAAAAUAAACUAAUGACAAAUUCA